AUAAAGAAAUCAGGAAGCCUAAGGAGUUACUUACUUUUACAAGCGGUACAAAAAAAGAGAUGUCCUCUCAGGUCAGACUGAAGCUGCUGCCGAGCACCAGAUGUUUGUUUGAUGACCCCGUUCAGGUGAAGGUGGCCGGGCUGAGGUCCAGACAGGUGGUCACCAUGAGAGCCAGAUCCACUGACGACAGGGGGGUGGUCUUCAGCUCCUCAGCGACCUACAAGGCCAAUCAGAACGGAGAGAUCGACUUGGAUGAAGAACCCUCGCUCUGCGGGAGCUACGUCGGGGUUGAACCCAUGGGUCUGCUGUGGUCCAUGAAGCCAGACACUUUGCACAAAAGGUUUCAAAAGAACAAUUCACUGAAUCCUCACGUGGUGGAGUUUUCUGUGCAUGAAGAAGAAGGAGAGGGCCGGAUGUUAGCAGAGGCGACCAAUGAGAGACUUCUGAUUGGAGACGGGGUCAGCAGGAUCCCUGUUAAAGAGGGGAACAUUCGGGGAGUCCUGUUUACUCCCCCAGGAGCCGGUCCUUUCCCCGCUGUGUUGGAUCUGUACACGUUUGGUGGAGGCUUGUCAGAGAAGAGAGCCUCUCUGCUGGCUAGUCGAGGAUUUGUUGUUCUGACAGUGGUACUGUACGGCCACGACGACAUGCCGAAGAACAUCAAGGAGGUCCAUCUGGAUUACUUUGAAGAAUCAAUAGAGUUUUUGAAAAGGCAGAAUAAGGUGGGCAGUAAAGGAGUCGGUGUGAUAUCACUGUCAAAGAGUGGAGACCUUGCACUUUCAAUAGCUUCUUACCUGCCUGGUGUUGAAGCCACAGUGUGGAUCAACGGCUGCUCUGCCAACACAGCGUUACCUCUUUACUACAAGAAGAGCCAGAUACUUCCUGCGUUAAUGUUUGACGUAAGCAGGAUGAUUCCCUCUGAAUCAGGAGCCUACAAUGUCAAGUAUGUUAAUAAUGAUCCACUGCUGGAGGAGAACAAGGCCACCUUGAUCCCCAUCGAAAAAGCAACGGGACGUUUCCUCUUUGUGGCGUCAGAGGACGACUUGAACUGGGACAGCAAGACUUACACAGAGGGGAUGGUGGAGAGGCUGAAGCAUCAUGGGAAGGACAACUUCGAGAUCUUGUGUUACCCUGAAGCAGGGCACUACCUGGAGCCGCCUUAUGGACCGUACUGCCCCUCCAGUUUUCACAGCCUUGCGCGUAAACCAGUCCUAUGGGGGGGUGAGCCCAGAUCCCAUGCAACAGCUGAAGUCCACCUGUGGAAGAAGAUCCAGGAGUUCUUCAGAGCUAAUGUGGGCGUUGACGUUACAGAGACAAUAGCAAAGUUAUAGAUACAGAAAGAGAGGAUCAAAUAAUUUAAAGAACUGUUUUUUAAAGAAACGGUUUAAAGCUGAAUUGUUUUUUGAUUAGAUCAUGUAUGAAAAGGUCAUUACAGAUCACAACAUUAUGCGGGGAAAUGUUCACUAAGAGCUUCACAUUUGUUUUAUAUUGCACAGAUAGGUGUGAUUACUGAAGCUCUGAUAGAUGAAGUCUGAACCCUGGUCCCAAUUUGACUUUUUCAUUAAGUGACAAAACCGUAUCUUGGAGCAUUUUGUUUUGCUUAAAGUCACAUAUGUUUCUUGCAGAUAAAUAAAUGUGUUGUAUCCGCCUGGAGAAGCUGACUAUUUAUUGUUUCCUGCGAUCACUUCAUGUUGUGUUAUCAAAUUAGUUACAAUAGUUGAGUUUCA